AUGGUUAGAAUCAGAGGAGGAUCUACUAGUGCAGGACGGUCUUUUAGACUUAGAGAUGAAAACAUUGAAAUUGUGGAACCGUCUACCAAAGCACCUAAAAAGAAGAUUGUGACCCGUGGUGGUAAAGUGAAGCAAACUGCCCAAAGAAAAAGGGUUUCUCCAACUGCUGAACCAUCUGAUGAGCAGAUGGAAGAGCAGAACUCUGAAGGAAACACAGUUGGUGGAAAUGAGGAACCAGAACGGGCUACCCAGGAUGAUGAAACUGUCACAAGGUCAUCUGGAAACAUUGCUGAGAAUCAGCAAACACCUGAACCCUCCACCAGGAAAUCUCCAAGGACAAGGACUGAGGCUCAAAAUGUUGGAUCAUCUGCCACACAAACCUCGAAAAAGAAACGUUCUGGGAAGGAUCCAGUAUCUCAGCCCAAAGAGCUAAGACCUGAGCCCACAGGGCCAACUACUGGUACUGAGGCCACACCAUCUUUCAGCUCUCAGCCCAAGGAUAAAGGCAAGGCUCCAGCUACUGAGGAGGCAUAUAAAGAAGACGAUGAAGAAACUGAGGAAGAAGUGGCUCCUGAACAGUUUCGUCUGGCCAGGAGGAGGCCUAGAUCAUCUAAAAUUACUAUCUAG